AUGAUGAGGAGCAAAUACUCUCUAGUACUACUACUGUUGCUCUCGAUCAUUGGGGUGGUGCUUCUCAGCACUACUGCCUCACUAGCUGACCACCAUCAACAGCCUUCCAAGCCCGGGCCUUCUCUGAAUUUGGCCAAUGAUCAUGCCGUCAAAGCCGGAUACUGGUAUUACCAGAGCGGCUUCCCGGUGGCCAGCAUAAGCCCCACCCUUUUCAACCAUCUUUUUGCUGCCUUUGCUUAUGUCAACGACACCACCUACGAAGUCACCUUUCCUCCCGGUUAUGAGGGCAUCUUUCAAAACUUCACCAAAGCCGUGCACUGCUCACAGAACCCUUAUAUUAAAACCUUUUUAUCCAUCGGUGGAGAAGCCUCUAAUCCUUCCAUCUUUGCUUCCAUGACUAGCAGUAGCAGUUCCCGUGAAGCAUUCAUAAACUCCUCCAUUGAUGUAGCCAGGACCAACUUCUACUUUGGCCUUAGCCUCAACUGGCAAUAUCCCUACACCAGCGAUGAAAUGACCAACCUCGGCUUACUCCUCACUGAAUGGCGAGCUGCCCUGGAGGAAGAGGCCAACCGCACUGGCUAUGACCGUCUGCUUCUAACAGCCGAUGUCUUUUACUCCUCAUAUUUUUGGCCGUCCUUGGAAUAUCCCAUUCAGGAAAUCGUAGAUAGCUUGGACUGGAUAAACGUAAUGGCCUACGACAUUCAUACCCCCAUUUCCUCACCCAACUUGACUGAACCGCCUGCUCCAUUCAACAAUCCAUUAAUCUCUCGAUUUAGCAUCGAGUACGGCGUCGGUGCUUGGAUCAGCUCAGGUGUGCCAAGAAACUUCAUAGUCCUCGGCCUUCCAUUUUAUGGUCGCAGUUGGAUUCUGGUAAAUGAAAAUAACCAUGAAAUACUCUCACCCGCCCGGGGACCGGUGCCUGGAUUAGACCCCAUAUCUUAUAGCAAAAUCGUGACCAUUAAGAUACCUCCUGCCGUGGCAAAGUACGAUCCCGCAUAUGUCACGAACUAUCUCUAUAAUGGAUCUACCUGGAUUGGUUACGAUGAUACGCAUACCAUCUCCAUUAAGAUUGGACAUGCAAAGCUCAUGGGAUUGCAUGGUUACUUUGCAUGGCAUGUGGACGACGACACUGCUGACUGGGCUCUUUCAACUGCAGCUUUCCAUGCAUGGGACGCGGAUGAUCAUGAGUUCUUGCUUGGAAGCGCUUAG